AUGUCAUCGUCAAAGGACACAGCGCAUUGCAAAGACUCGACGUCAAACUUGCUUAAGUUACUCAACGGCGAGCGGCUCGAUCAUCGUGUGGUCACAAGACAAGACCUGACCACAGAUUAUCCAUUGAACGACGACGAUAAUGAUAAUAGUACGCAACCUUCAAACUCAGAAAGCGUCGUCGCCAUCAACAAUUAUUACACAUGGAACUCGUCCAGAACGAAUUCUCCCAUACACAAGGAGAGAGAACAAAUUAUUUCGGCACUGCAAUCGGUCAAGUCGAUAUCGGAGUUGUGUCGCGAGCUGACUACACGCAAUAUACCACACAGAAUGAAGGAAAUCAUGUCCAUGUGCGCGGACCGUCGAGGCGAUUUUUCGUCGGACGAAUACCAUCACCACCACCACCACAUAAACAGCGGUAACGAGCCGGACGCAUCUCAAACAAAUCCGAAUGUCAUGACGACCGACAGGACGACGUUAAACCGACGUAGUUGGUCGUCGUCAUAUUUCGGUGGCGCGUCACGUUGCUGGUCGUGUACUGCUACCGACCGUGAAACGGACGACGUUGACAACGAUAAGGGUAAUGACAAGAACGCGAAUGUGGACGAAACAAACUGCCGUCGGAAGUCCAAGAGGCAAUUGUCGUGGAGACAGAAAUUGAAGAGGAAAUUCAGAAACAGUCGCAACAGCCGAUAAAAUAAUGGACAACUUUAUAUUAUAUUUAUAAAUUAUAAUAUAUAUUAUUUUUUACAAAUUAUAAGAUGAUGUACAUACCAUGCAAACUUUUGUACUAUAAUAAUAAUCGUAUCGUAUGCAGUGUAAUGUAAAAAAUGGACAAAUUAGCGACAGUAAUGUUUGACUUAUGAAGUAAACUAAAAUAGUGAAAGUAUAAUAACACACUUAUUAAAGUAAAAACU